ACGCUGCGGGAUCCGUUCGGGUCUGUGUCCAGGGUACGCCGCCCCAGGCUUUGCUGACUUCCUAAGGUUACUGUGCCGGCUGCGUUUCCAUGGCCACGGGGAGUAUCUUUGGAAAGUCUGGUUAAGGCUUGGCCUUAUUCCAUGCUGGGCCCGAGGAGAGAAAAGAUUAAUCCAGGCAGCAAACCCUGUGGUUCCAGACCUCGGGGCGCGCCGGGACCGGGGCCGGACCGGCCUCCCACGUAAUAAAUCUCCUGGCGGCAACCCGAGCCGGCUCUGCUCCGCGCUCAGAGCCGCCAGCUCUGCGGACGGACUGAUGACAGCGCCCCGGAGCCCGAGGGGAGCCCCAGGCUCUGCUGAGUAAGGAGGAGCCAGUGGCCUUUCCACCUCAGCGCUGCGCAAAGGAGGGAUGGAAGACGAACAGGAGCCGCCCUUGCAGCCCCGGAAGCAGACUCAGGGCAGGGUCCUGCUGCAGACCGUCUGUGCAGCUGGCAUUGGUGGGACCUUCCAGUUUGGCUAUAACCUCUCCAUCAUCAAUGCCCCCACCGCGCACAUCCAAGAGUUCACCAAUCAGACGUGGCAGGUGAGGACCGGCCAGCCACCGCCCGACCACCUGAUCCUGGUAACGUGGUCCCUCAUCGUGUCCCUGUACCCGCUGGGGGGCCUCUUCGGAGCGCUGCUGGCAGGGCCCCUGGCUGUGGUGCUGGGGAGGAAGAAGUCCCUCCUGGUGAACAACGUGUUUGUGGUCGCCGCGGCGAUCCUGUUUGGCUUCAGCCACAGGGCAGGCUCCUUCGAGAUGAUCAUGCUGGGACGGCUGCUCGUGGGAGUCAGCGCAGGCGUGAGCAUGAGCAUCCAGCCCAUGUACCUGGGGGAGAGCGCCCCCAAGGAGUUCCGAGGAGCCGUGGCCAUGACCUCAGCCAUCUUCACUGCCCUGGGGAUCGUGAUGGGACAAGUGGUGGGACUCAGGGAGCUCCUGGGGGGCCGGCAGUCCUGGCCCCUGCUGCUGGCCAGCUGCCUGGUGCCCGGGGUGCUGCAGCUGGCCUCCCUGCCCCUGCUGCCCGAGAGCCCGCGCUACCUCCUCAUCGACCGCGGCGACACCGAGGCCUGCCUGGCGGCGCUGCAGCGGCUGCGGGGCACCCAGGACCUGGCGGCGGAGCUGGCGGAGCUGGAGGAGGAGCGGGCGGCCUGCCAGGGCCUGCGGGCCUGGCGCCCCUGGGAGCUGUUCCAGGACCGCACCCUGCGCCGGCAGGUGGUGAGCCUGGUGGUCCUGGCCAGCGCCAUGGAGCUCUGCGGGAACGACUCGGUGUACGCCUAUGCGUCCUCCGUGUUCGGGGAGGCGGGAGUGCCCCGGGAGAAGGUCCAGUACGCCAUCAUCGGGACCGGGUGCUGUGAGCUGCUCACAGCGUGCAUCAGCUGCAUGGUCAUCGAGAGGGCCGGCCGGCGGGUGCUGCUCAUCGGCGGGUACUGCCUCAUGACCUGCUGGGGGAGCAUCUUCACGGUGGCCCUGUGCCUGCAGAGCUCCUUCGCCUGGAUGCCCUACCUGGCCAUGUCCUGCAUCUUCGCCUUCAUCCUCAGCUUUGGCAUCGGCCCCGCCGGAGUGACAGGGAUCCUGGCCACGGAGCUCUUUGACCAGAUGGCCCGGCCUGCCGCCUACAUGGUCUGCGGGGCGCUCAUGUGGACCAUGCUCUUCCUGGUUGGGCUGGGGUUCCCCUUCAUGAUGGUAGGAGGGACUGUCCUCCUUUUAACGGCCAGGAGGGACUGUCCUACUUCCUCUACGUGCCUUUCCUCGUCGUCUGUGUCUGUGGGGCCCUCUACACUGGCUUCUUCCUUCCCGAGACCAAGGGCAAGACCUUCCUGGAGAUCUCCGAGGAACUGCACAGGCUCAACUUCCCCGGGCAGAGCCCGGGCCCGAUGUGGAGGGCCCCGAAGGUCACCCAGUCCACGGAGCUGUAGCCCCGCGGCGGAGGCUGGGCCCAGGUCUAGCUUCCGCUCCGCCCUUCGCAUCCUCUCCAUCUAACGAGGGCUUGUUCAGUGAGCUCCUACUGUGUGCAGGAACGGGGCCGGGGUACUAGCCACAGCCGUGAGCCAGAGAGGCGGGGUCCUGGGCCUCUCGGUGUUCCCCACCCAGAGGCCGUGAACAAACAGGAAACCAAUGAAAACAUAACUACAAACUCAGGGAAUGCGGGGGGAGAAAAACACAGGUUGUGAAAGGUGUGCAUAGCCUGGGGUGGAGGUGCAGGAGGGGCUGUCCUCGUGUGAAGGCCUCAUGGUCAGAAAAGGCUUUUUUUUUUUUUUAAUGAACUUUAUUGGCUCUGGCUUGGAAGCUCGGUUGGUUCAAGUGUCGUCCUGAUACGCCAAAGUUGUGGGUUCGAUCCCCGGUCAGGGCACAUACAAGAAUCAACCAAUGAAUGCAUCAAUAAAUGGAACAACAAAUUGAUGUUUCUCUCUCUCUAAAGCUCAAUAAAAAAUAAAAUCAACUUUAUUGAGGUGUAAUUUGCAUACAAUAAAAUGUAUCCACAUUAAGUAUACAUUGGAUGAGUUUUGACAGAUUUAUCAAUCCCAUGAAACUACCAAACCACAGCAAUCAAGGUAGGACAUUCACAUCCCUCCAAAAUCUCCCUUUGCGAUCAAUAACCCACCACCCCUCCCAUCCCCAAACAACCGCUGACCUGUUUUCUGUCCCUAUAACCCAGACUGGCCUUUUCUAUACUGAAUUUGACAUAAAUCCAUGCUGUAUGUAUGCACUGCUCCAGAUAAAGUUUUAAAAAGUCAUGCAGGUUGUUACAUGUAUUCAUAUAUACUCCUCUGUAUUUCUGAGUAGUAUUCCACUGCAUGGCUAUAACACAAUUUGCGUAUCCGUUUACCUGCUGGUGGACAUUUCAGCUGUUUCUGAUUCGUGGCCACCAUGAUAAAACUGUUGCGAACAUCCCUGCACAG